AUGGCUGAAUCCAUCACCCACACCGUCUACGCGGGUAUCUUGACGACAUUAAUUCCAGCGUCAAUACUACUCGGCCUACGGUUUUAUGCGAGAAGAAUUAAACACGCUCCGCUAUGGUGGGACGAUUAUCUAGCCGUGCUGGCGCUGGCGUCGGCAAUUGCCUACGACAUAGCCGCAUUCUUUUUAAUAACAAAGGGCCUCGGCCGACAUCUUGGAGACCUCACCAUUUCUCCUGGCGAAGCACGCUACUACCAAGCAAUGGCACUGCAGAUCCAUGAACACACAUAUACUGUGGCCGUCACAGCUGCGCAGCUAUCCUUGCUGGCGCUAUUCUGGCGACUAUUCAAAUCGGUGACAUGGGCAAAAAUGACUAUAUUGGGCAUGGCCGCGUUUUUGUUCAUCGCCGUGUUCCAGUGUUACCCGCCUCGCUUUCUAUGGGACAAGUCCAUUGAGGGGACGUGUACCAUUGAUCCGUCCCGGUUCCUUUUUUGGUCCAUUUCAGCACAUCUUGUCAUCGAUGUUGCGCUCAUGGUGUUGCCGGCAACGCAAAUUAGCAGAUUGUUUCUGCCCUGGCCGCAAAAACUGGCCAUUGCUGUCAUGUUCAUGUUCAGCAUCGUUGUUGUCAUUGCCGGCAGCAUGACGAUAGUCGUUUCGUCAAAUUACGACUCGUACGACGACGACGUUUUGUGGAAUUGCACACCCGCCUUGGUCUGGUCCGCGGUAGAGAUUCACCUCAGCGUGAUAGCGUGCUGCCUCCCCGUGAUGAGGCCGGUUGUCCACGCUCUCGGAGGCUGGUGGGGACACAACUUCUCCUCUCGCAAAGAACCCAGCGCGCCGACGUACAAUACCGUCAAACUCGGCCACGUCCAUCGCUCAGCGGGGGUGACAUAUGGAAACGAGUCGACUUGCAAUCUCGCCAAUGGUGCAGACGGCAACCAGGCAGUGGUGGUGACGGAUUCGGGACGAGUAUUUGGACAGGGAGAAGGAUCCGACACCGUCAUAAGCACGGGCAAAGACAAGGAGCAGCUGGCAUCAUCUACCUCGACGGGAAGCACAGAUGGGGCGAUAAUGGUGCAGUACGAAAUCGACUUGAGUUUCUCUCGACAAGGUUCCCAUGGCCAAUGGAGAGAAGAAUGA